AUGGGAGCUUCAAGUGGUCCUAAUGACAAAAUAUUUCAACGAUUUACAGAAAAGUGGAACGAAAUUGACGUAGACAAAUACGAAAGUGGAAUAAUUGAAGAUACAGUGGCUAGUAAAUUAAAUCCACAAAAAUAUGUUCUUGUCAAGUAUAUCAAUGACCAGUUAGCGACAUUUCAGCCUAGAGAUGACUACAAGGAAUUGCUGCAACUUUCCCUAAUAUUCCUAGGAGAUGAAACUGCUAAAGAUUUUAAGAUUUUUAGACCUGUCGCUUUACAUCGAGCUAGAUGGAUGGCAAAGUUAAUUUAUAGCUUGAAAAUUUUCUUAUUUCGAUCGCAGUUCAAACUAACUGCUAAAGAAUUAUCUGCACUUGAAGCCUUCAACGUCUUUGUCAUACAAGUUUAUAUUAAGUACUGGUAUACUGCUUCUAGUGGAGAACUAGCUCCUUAUAACGAUCUUAAUCUUUUAAAGGAACUCGAUAACUAUAAAAAAUCAAAUAUAGUUAUAGGCAACGCGGCUGCCAAAAGCUUCUCAAGACAUUUAUGGUACUUAAGUGAGACACUUAUUGGAUUAGCCUUUUUUGACAGCAAAGUUUCUUCUGAGAUGAAAGUUAAUAUGGUUAAAUCAUUAGUGAAAAAAGGAGCUGACUUUCCUUUACGGCAUAUUACAGUUGAGACGACUGCAUUUCAAACAGUACAAUUGUCUGAUUUUGUUUCUAAGAAUAGCCUCAUAUUAAUUACAGCCUUGGACAUCCUCAAGAUUUCUUAA